UUCACCGUCGUUGACUCGUUCACUUGGCCACAAGCCGUCGUCGAGCAGCACCGACCGUCGAGCCCGUAGUAGUCGCUGAUAUCUUGGAAGAUGGAUAACCGUGAGUGGAUGUACACCGGCCGGGUAACUCGAGCUAGCAUGACCAAUGAAUGGAUUGAGAAGACUAACGAGUUCUUGGAAGGGGCAUGGGCGCAAGCUGAAGGGUCGAGAUUCAUGUGGUGUCCCUGCAAGAGUUGUGGAAACCAGAAACGAAAGACAAAGAAGGUCAUGGGCGAACAUCUUGUCAAUUAUGGAUUUACGCCAGACUAUACCCGGUGGAUCUUUCACGGUGAAGCCCAUCGUAUGAGGGACGAGGUCGUGAGGCAACGCAUCGAUGAAUGUGAUGCUGCUGGUGGGAUUGGGGACAUGUUACACGACUAUGAGGAGGCACAUUUCGGUGAAGGACCGCAGGAGGAGGAGCCAGAGGCAAGCACAAAGUCGUUUUACGAGAUGUUGGAGGCGGCACAGAAACCUCUUCACGGCCAAACAAAGGUUUCUCAGCUGGACGGCAUUGGACGUCUUAUGGCCUUAAAGUCCCAGUUUGGCCUGAGCCGAGACGCCUUUGAGAGUAUGUUGACCGUUUUUGGGAGCAUUCUUCCGGAAGAUCACAUUCUGCCCAAGACAAUGUAUCAGGCGACGAAAAUCCUUAGUGCACUGAAGAUGCCAUAUGAGCAGAUACAUUCUUAUCCUAAUGGGUGCAUUUUAUUUAGGAAAGAGCACGAGGCUGAAACUUACUGUCCAAAAUGCAAAGCCUCAAGAUUCCUAGAGGUGGAUGCAGGUGACGAUCAGCCUAAGAGGCAGCUCACGAUUCCUGUGAAAAUCGUACGUUACCUUCCGUUCAUUCAAAGGAUCCAAAGACUCUAUAUGACCGAGGAAACCACGAAACAGAUGACAUGGCACAAAAAAAGGUGUUCGAUACAACCCUGAUAAGAUGGUGCAUCCCUCCGACGGUGAGUCAUGGACUCAUUUUGAUGAGAUUUAUCAUGAAAAAGCUAAAGAAGCUCGUAAUGUACGUGUUGCGCUAGCAACCGAUGGGUUCAAUCCUUAUGGUAUGAUGGCCGCAUCGUACUCAUGUUGG